UGGAAGUCCCCCCCUUUGAGGUGGAGAAACCGGUCUAGACUGCUCAGAACCCUUCAGCCGCAUCCCCACGACCUCCCUAGAGAGACUCCGCUUUUAUGCUCAUCUGGCAGUCGGGAGGUUUUACCUUAUAGGUUCGUGAGCUUUAGGCAGUGGCAACUUGUGCCUGAUAUUUCUGGCCCUGGAUUCCACGGGAAAAGGAUUCUUGGCCGUCCCUUCAUAGACCUGAACAUGGCGGUUCCUGAGUGAAUGUAUUUAUUUAUCAAACUCACAGGCCACCCGACCCCCAACAACUCUGGGUGGCUCACAACGGUCAAAACAAGGAAAAUGCAAUAUAAUUAAAAAGAAAGAGGUAAAAGACGCCAAGGGCAACAGACUGGAUGGAAACGAAGCUGUCCCUUGCCAAAGAGCCCGGUCUUUGCGGCCCUCCUAAACAAUAGGGUGGGGAGCCUGCUUCCAGGGUCCUGAUAGAUUGAAGAUUUUACAAAUUGCAUUUGUAGGUAUGUAAAUUUAUGCCACAUAGUUUGAUGUAAGUUAAAAUACACUGAAAUUGAUAUUUGGAUGAUGUUUUUCAAGCUUAAACAAGCAAAUGAAAAAAAUCCAAGAACCCCAAGUCCGGCCCUCUAGCAUAUUGGCCAUGCUGGCUCGGGAUGAUGGGAGCUGUUACUCAUCACUUCCAAGGCAGCACGUUUAACUUGUUUGUUUCUCUCUGACUGUGUGAGCACCCUGCGGGAUGCCCAAGAAAUUCCAAGGGGAAAACACCAAGUCGGCCGCUGCCCGUGCGAGGAAGGCUGAGGCCAAGGCAGCGGCUGAUGCCAAGCGGCAGAAGGAACUGGAGGAUGCCUUCUGGAAGGAUGAAGACAAGCACGUCAUGCGGAAGGAGCAGAGAAAGGAGGAGCGGGAGAAGCGUCGCCUGGAGCAGCUUGAGCGCAAGAAGGAGCUCCAGCGGUUGCUGGAGGAGGAGGAUUCCAAGCUGAAGGGCAAGGCGCCCAAGCCACUUGGCUCCGGGAAGGUCACCCGGGCUCAGAUUGAUGAGGCCCUUCGGAAGGAGCUGAAGGAGAACGGAGACACCGCAGAGAAGCCGAAGAGUCACCUUGAGACGCCCUUGGAGGAGAACAUCAACCGUCGGAUCCUGGAGGAAGGCAUGGUCGAGGCCCGAACCAUCGAAGACGCAAUUGCAGUGCUCAGCGUGGCCGAGGACCUGGACCGGCACCCCGAGCGCAGGAUGAAGGCAGCCUUCUCUGCUUUCGAAGAGGUGAACCUUCCCCGCCUGAAGCAGGAGAACCCCAAUAUGCGUCUCUCCCAGCUGAAGCAGCUGCUGAAGAAGGAGUGGAUGAAGUCUCCCGAGAACCCCAUGAACCAGAGGCAUGCAGCUUAUAACAGCCAGAAAUGAGACCGGAGGCUUCUCCCCCAGCCCCCCCGAGUAGGCACCAGGGUUCCCACGCAGGCGAGCAGGUGCCAGCACAAGGACGCUGGCCGGCUGCGUUCCAGGACUGGGAAAUGGCCCCUCCAUUUCCUCUUCCCUCUCUCCCCUUUGCUCUGGAGACGCUGGAGGCUUUUUCAUCUUGAAUUAGGACUUCUUCCCUUGGGACUGGGGCAGGGUGGCAGAAAUAGUCCCCAGAGAUCUUCCCCUCCCCCCGCACAUCUUCCCCCAUUUCCUGGAGUUGAAUGGGAUCUCCUUGAUCAGCCUUGCUGCCUUCAGAAGAGAAGCUGAGCUGCGCCAGCAGGUCGGUGUCUGAUUUGUCACGAAAUGGUGGUGAGGGGAGGUCGUCCACAUCCCAGGAGCUGGGGGGGGCAGCAUGCUGGUCCCCCAGUCCUGCGAGGGCUUGCGCCCCCCACUCCCUGCCCUGAAAUCUCUACCUGGGUUCUCGAGGUAAAAGGCAGAGUCCGCAAGGCUGCCUGGCUCUCCAGCCCAAUCUGGCUCCCCGGGGGACCCCACUGGUUGCCCUGUCCUGUGAGGAGUCCUCCGCUGGUUGAGAAUCCUCCAGCCCCCCAUUUGAAGGGGAUGCAGCCGCGGCACAGGCUCCCCCCCCCCCC